AUGUCUUCACCAUUCCGCAUGACUCCCUUGCGAAAUCGUUCUCAGACCCAAUCUCAUAUACCUUACAAGCCACUAUCGAGAUUUGAACCCAGCACUGAUCUCUCCAUCGGGUGGAGAGGCGGUGAGAUCCAGCCUAAAUGGUUCUUACUUGUCGAGUAUGGGAAAGACUUCCAUAUGGAGGGUAGGGACAGAGCGGAAUGCGAUGAGGAUGAGGAAGGUGGUAGCUUAUUGGUGAUUCUUCAGCCUACUGUCCAUCAACAGCUUAUCCACUUGAUAUCGCAACUCCAACUCCCCUCUCCACUAGGCUUAUCACUCCAUCUGACUGUGCCCGGAUCCAAACAUAGACCAAGACUUACCGACGUCAUCUGGCCGACAUUCUUCUCGUCUUAUCUCCUCCCUUCUCACAGUCAUCAUGUUGAAGCAGUUGGUAAUCUCCCGAUCGUAGGUACUGUCUCACUAAGAGUGGACAAGAGGGCAGCGAGAUGGUAUGAGGUAUGGAAGAAAGACCCUCAAGAUGGGAUGAUAGGGAAGUGGGUGAACAUGAAUAGUCACCACUCGGACCGGACGAAAGAAAGGGAAGGAUCAGCUGGUGACUCGUCAGUCCAUCAUGAGAGGGGUAAUUCAAAUCAGUUCACCGAUUCACCAUAUGACCUGUCGAUUGACUCAAUCAAUAUACUUGUCAACGAAGAUCAUACUUCGGAGUCCAAUGCAAAAGAAAAAGGUAUCGCAGCGUCUUACCGAAUUGAACGAAGAUCUCACUCCUCCCAUAACCUCGACGUCACCCCUCCGGAGGAGCCUAAGACCAUCACUCUUCCACCCUUAUCCGUCUUCUCCAUCCCCAUUCUUCCUGACUCCACCCCUGAAAUCUCCUCGAGAUCUUCCACCCCUCUAUCCUUCCAUUCUAUCCCAUACUCUCCCGUCCACUCCCUGCCCGAUCCAGAAGCUUUGGCCACUCAGCCAUUUCUCAAAGAGCUCUAUCAGCGAGUUAGCAUCACUCAAAGAGCCAGGUCGGACUCUGAUCUAGCCAAAAGAAGGGGUAAAGAGGGUUUGACGAUUGAUACGAAGAAGGAGAUUCGUCCGCCAUGGGCUGACUUGGGCUCUGCGAUGUGGUCCGUAGGUACGAGCUGGGGUCCACCGACUACUCUCGAAGGAUGGGAUCUGUCUCCUUCUCACCAACAACGACAGAGACUUCAAGCUCAAGUUGAAAUUGAAGAGAAAGCCGUGUCCGAUUUACCUGCCAAAAUCGAUUUUACUGCUUCUCCACGAACAGCACCUCCCAUUCCUGAUGACGCAUCGGACCCUCAACAUACUGCCCGGAGCGGUUCUCAGGAUGAUCAUGGUACUUGGACAUUCCUACCUAAAGGUCCUGUUACUCCUACACCUUGGAAAUUCGGUUGGCCAUUCCACGAGGUGGUAGCUCUACCUUCCAAUAUCAGCAUCGAGAUCCAUGACCCUCUUAGUGGAAGUCCGGCAUUUUCUGCUAAAGCGCAGCUGAACGAGGACGAAGAUGUGAACAUGGGCAAUAAUGAGGUGGUUCGCAGUCGAGAAAUCAAUCUCCACCAAGAAAUUGAAUUUUUCGAAUCUCAAACUCAAGUCAUUCAUGAUCACCUAGAACAUCUUCAAGUCUCUCCAUCCCCACUUCACUCGAGCUCACUACAUACCCCUGCGUUCGAGCUUGACUCUCCUUUCGAGAUUGAGAUUGAAGAGGGAAUUGAAUUCGAGGAGACUUAUCCUCCACUUUCAACCGAAUCGGUCGAAACCCCCAUCGAAGAGAUUGCUCUGUCGAUAUCGUCCCCGGAUCCGAACUCAGCAUUAUCUGAAGAGUUUUUCGCACCUUUGGAAAGAUGUCCUCGACCUUCCGAUCAGGUUUACUCUCAAGCAGAUACCUCAUACCUUCGACCACGUACCGGACGACAAAUGGUCGACCCUAACUCCCCGUUCGAUCUGGAUAUUCCCGUAUCUCCAUUCGACGAAGAUGAGAAUGAAGAAGGAGUGAAUUUCUCGAUGUCGAGCUUGAGAAGACCAUCUGUUUUGGGAUUUGAGGGUACACAGCUGGACGUCAUUGAGGAAAUGUCGAAUUCGGAUAUCUCUUCUUCUCCUGUACCAUUCCAAGAUUGUAUGGAGCAAGAUAUCCCAUCUCCGACAUCACUCACUACUGACCACCUAUUACAAUACCCUUAUAAAGCCCAACACCCAGCUGAUGAAGAUGAAAAUUCUCGAUCUCGAUCAAGCUUUAUGGGAAAUAUCAAACCACAUUUCAGAUCCAAAUGGCAGAAAGACCGAUUUCGAUCUCGUUCAUCCUCAGUAGGGGAAAGAGCACCCUUGUUUAUAAGUUAUCAUGAUCAAACCAAUCAAAGUGCCAUUUCUCUGGCUAGUCCCAAUACCACAACCGCCGGAAAAGAGCCAAAGAGACCUCUGAGAAAGUUAAGUCAGAGAUUGUCGGGUUUUGGAAGUUGCCCAGAAGGAGGGGGGCGGGAAAUAUCUCAUUUGGCGGUAGCGGUAUCGGACCAGGGGAAUAUGAUGGUUUCGAAAUUAUACGAUAAAAGCGGGGUAGAACGUCAUUGUCAAUAUCCUAAUUUGGUGAUCUAUCCACCGCCAAGACAGAGGCAAAGGCCAAUUCCAACUGCAGUUUCGAUUCCGAUUUAUCAGCACACCUACCCUGAUAUGGUGAUUUACAAACCCACCACCCAAAAAUGUGUCAAACAAGGUUCGAUCUCCGAUAGAUCAAUGGACCAUGGAUUAUCUCAUGUUCCAAUCAGUUUGGUCGGAUAUCUAUACCCGGAUAUCGUGUUAUAUCCUUCACCGACCCUUCCUUCCGCUACUGCACAGUCCUUUUCUCUAGAGUCAUCGCAAGGAUUGACAGUCGAAUCGAUCAUACUCACACGAUAUGAUUACCCAAAUAUCGUUGUGUACCCCCCAUGCGCUCUCACUUCUCACGAGGUCCUACCUACCCCACUUGAAGAAUCACGAAAAUCUAGCGACGAGCCCGUCACACUUAUACGAUAUUCUUACCCGAAUAUCGUUCUAUACCCUCCAUCUCGGAAGAUCCAAACAAUCCCACUCAAGGUACCUCCACAUGGACUGACAGUCGAACCGCCCAUGCUCAUACCAUUUAGCUAUCCUAACAUCGUCAAAUACCCGCCAAUCACGCCCAUCAACCACUCUCAUCCUUCACCUGCUAGUCCGCUUCAGAGGGUAAAACCAAUCCCUAUCCUCCUGUGUCAGACUGCCUACCCAGACUUGAAGAUAUAUCCAACAGUCGUUCCUAUUAGACUCGUUCAAUACAAUUAUCCAAAUAUUGUGAUUUACCCCUGUUGUAACAAAGGGAUCACCAAGAUCAAAAGUGAAUUGAUCAGCGAGACGAGGUAUCAAGCUACCCGAUUUCCGUCAGGAUCCAUUGAUCCGAAUGAACUUUUACUCGGCGCUAGAAGGAGAUACUCACUUCUGAAAGCUUCUUUAGAUUCAGAUCGUUCGCCAAUUGGUCAACGGAUCUCGACGAUUGAGAAAUUCACUCAUCAAAGAGGAAGUUCAAGUAUCAGUUCAAUCUCCUCUAGCUCUAUCGUUACUCCUGUGUCGGAAUUACCCCCUUUCUCUCUUGACGAUUUGAACAUCCAUGCUUCAAGGAAGAUCAGCCCGAUAGCUACUCCAUUCACCAUGGAAUCAUCUUCGAAAGCCACCGUACCAGAUUAUUUCCCAAUUAUCGAAUCUUCCGCAUCUCAUCAAAGUGAAGAAGGUGUAACCAAGCCGAUCGCCCAGAACACCAACAGCCAUGUCGAGCCCGAUGCUGAGAAGAAAAAGAGAAGUAGUACAUUCAUUUCUGAGAGGAUGAAAGCGUUUUCUUCACCACAAGCAGCAGAUCAGGCUCCAUUUUCACCUCCAUCCGGUGAUCGUAGAUCUCGAAGUAAUACAUGCGAUAACUUGGACAAAGGUCAUCUAACAGAUUCACCAUUCUCGCCCGGGAUGGGAAAAGAGCUUGAGGGAGGUAAGAAAGUAGGUAGAUUGUCACGGAAUUUGAUGUAG